AUGGCGUAUGCCAGAGCAAAAGGGUUGCCGGAUCAGGAUCGAGGUUGGGAAGAGGUGCAGGUGCGUCAGCGUCGCGGCGGGAUGGAAGAGGUUGGCAGCUAGUUGAUGGAUCGCGUUCCCCACCCGCAGGCCAAGACGUUUUGCAAAUGGUUGAAUCUCAAAUUGGAGGCGAGGGAUAUCCCUCCUAUGACUUCGUUGGCGACGGACCUUUGCAACGGAGUCAGGCUGGUAGAGUUGAUGGAGAUCAUGGGCGAUUGUUCGUUGGGCAGGUACUACAGAACACCCCGGAUGAGGGUGCAGAUGGCCGAAAAUGUCAAUUUGGCAUUGGACUUUAUCAGGGCGAGAGGAGUGGUGCUCACCAAUGUCGGAGCUGAAGGUGAGUGGCGCAAAAGUCAGCAGCAAGACACGAGGCUCACGUUGGCGCCCCUGUAUAGAUAUCAUCGACGGCAAUCUCAAGCUGAUUUUGGGCAUGAUAUGGACGCUGAUUCUACGCUUCACCAUCGCCGACAUUAGCGCCGAGGGUCUGUCUGCGAGAGAGGGUCUGCUGCUGUGGUGUCAGCGCAAGACCGCGCCAUACGACGACGUCGACGUCAAAGACUUUACGUAUUCUUGGCAGUCCGGCAGAGCUCUUUGUGCGCUCAUACAUCGACAUCGGCCAGAUUUGCUUUCCUACGCCGACCUGCCAGGCUCUUCGCACGAAUGUACCAGGAUAGCAUUCGACAUUGCCGCCAAGCACCUCGGCAUUCCUCAAUUGCUCGACGUGGAAGAUUUGUGCGACGCAAAGAAACCAGACGAGAGGAGCGUCAUGACGUAUGUCGCACAGUACUUUCACGCUUUCAGCUCGAUGGAACAGGCAGAAGUGGUCAGCAGGAGGGUGGCCACGUUUGCAGACGUCAUGCAGAGCGCUUGGAUCAUGCAGCAGGACUACGAACGGAGGGCUCGAGAGGUGAGUGGUGGGGUGGGGAGAAGCGUGACACGACGCGCGAGCAGGGAACUGAACAGCGAGCUCACACGCACACGCACACGCACACGCACACGCACACGCACACGCACACGCACACGCACACGCACACGCACACGCACACAGCUACUGGCUGCCAUGUCUGCAGAGGAGGAGACGUGGAACAGGGCGACUUUUGCAGGCAGCUACGCGGAUGCUCGGUUGCAGUUGAGCGCCUUUAACGCCUACAAGGCGGGCACGAAGCGCGUUUGGGUUCGCGAGAGGACGGACCUCGCGGCGCUCUUGGGCAACAUUCAGACCAAGCUGAGGACGUACCAUCUACGGCCCUGGUCGCCCAGCGAGAGUCUGCACACUGCCGAAAUCGACCUCUCAUGGACGCAAUUAGCGACUUUCGAAGCAGCGCGAUCUCGGCGCAUCAAUGCCGAGAUACGUCGAGCCAAGGAAGCGCUGAGGAUCAGGUUUGCGGAGCAGGCCAACGGUAUCGAGGCGGCGCUGAGAGACAUUGCAGCGGGCGUGGCGCGACUUUCUGGCGAAUUGGAAGAUCAAAAAGCCAAGGUGCGCGCUCUGCACGAAGGUUUGGGGCCUUUCGAGGAGAGGCUGCGCGCGCUGGCAGAGACGGAAAGGGAGUGCCAAGAGGCGAAUGUGGAGGAGAAUGACCAUACGGUCUUUUCGAGAGAUGAUCUCGUCUUUGAGCUGGAGCUCGUGGCCACCAGCGUCACCAAGAAGCUCGCCUUUAUCGAGAAUCAAGUGAGUCUCGUUCGAAUGCGGUGUUGCACGGCACGACUGCUGAUCGACCACGCUGCCGCAGAUCGUCUCGAGGCAGCAUACGAAUCUCACCCCUGCCCAGCUGGAGGAGUUCGAAUCCACUUUUAGAUAUUUUGACAAGGAUGCGACGAACACGCUAGCUAUUCCGGAAUUGGGCGCUGCACUCGCAUCUCUAGGCAUCAUCUACACCGUGAGCCAACGUCCGAGUCACCGCUUGACUUGCGAGCGACUUGCGCCGCUCACGCUUUUGCUCUUGCAGGACGAAGAUGUUGAGACGAUCCACCAGCAGCUCACUGUAGAUUAUGGUGCAGUCGACUACGUGAGUGGUGGCAGUGCAUCAGAGCAACACGCACGCGUGCUCAUCUCAAGGCUCCCGCCACAGUCUGCUUUCUUGACCUUUUUGGUGAGCUGCGGUCGGACCGAAAAAAAAGAUGCAUUAGCAUGCUCACCCGAUCAUAUUCCUGCAGCGCGAGAUCACAGAAGACACGACUUCACCAGAUCAGCUCCUCGAAGCGUUUCAGGGUCUGGCAUCGGACAAGGUGAGUCCCGAGCGACGCGUGGCCUUGAGCAUGCACUCACACCUCCCCACUCUGGCGUCAGCCCUACACGACAGAGUUGGACCUCCGACAAGCGCUUCUUCCUCAGGGCGCCAUCGACUAUCUCAAAGCGUCCAUGCCACGAGUCGACGUGCCGGAUGUGCAAGGCGAAGCGUACGAUUACGAAGCUUACUUGUCGCAGGUGAGUGACACUGCGGUGCGCGUCGUGUCGAAGCCAAGCUAAUGGCCUUGCGCUCUUGCUGGCGCGCAGCUCUUUGGCGCUGGAGACUUGUCCGCCGUCAGCGGCAAUUGA